GCCUCACCCUCCCCCAACUCUUGCAUAAUUUUCGAGAGACCUCACUUCACUUUCAAAGUUCGCUGAUUUAGGUCGGGUCUUCAAAAGUGGGAAAAAAGCCUCGUCAUGCAGUGUCCGUUCUUGAACCGCUUCACCGCCAGCUUCAUCCGCAACUACGCGGAGACGCUGUGCCAGUCCUACGGGAGCCACUGCCCCGUGGUCGGCAAGACCUUGGGUGCGGGCGAGAAGAAACUUUCACUCGUCGCCGCAAGUGUUACAAGGUCUUACUCGACGGGGGCUAAUGCAAGUGCUGGUGCCGCUGCUGGGGCCACUACUGGUGCCCUCGCAUCCGCUGACCCUGGGAAGGCUGCCUCCUCCUCGGAGACCUUUCCCUACGAGCGCUUCUUCAGCGAGCAGAUCAUGAAGAAGAAACGGGACCACUCCUACAGGGUCUUCAAGAAGGUCAACCGUCUGGCGGGCGACGGCCUGUUCCCCCACGCCCUGGAGUACUCGGAGCGAGCGGAGAAGCCCAUCACGGUGUGGUGCUCCAACGACUACCUGGGCAUGUCCGCCCAUCCGAGUGUUAAGAGAGCUGUUCAGGAGGCCCUCAAUAUGCACGGAUCGGGGGCGGGGGGCACCAGGAACAUCUCGGGCAACUCGCUCCAUCACGAGCGACUCGAGGAGAAGCUGGCCGAGCUCCACCAAAAGGAGGCCGCCCUGCUGUUCACCUCGUGCUUCGUGGCCAACGAUUCCACUCUCUUUACGCUCGCCAAGCUUCUACCUGGCUGCCAGAUCUUCUCGGAUGCGGGCAACCAUGCCUCCAUGAUCAUGGGCAUACGGAACAGCGGCGUGCCCAAGCACAUCUUCCGGCACAACGACGUGGACCACUUGCACCAGCUGCUGAAGCAAACGGACAAGAGCGUGCCCAAGAUCGUGGCAUUUGAAACGGUACAUUCCAUGACUGGGGCCAUCUGCCCGCUUGAGGAGCUGUUGGAAGUGGCGCACGAGUACGGGGCCAUCACGUUCAUCGACGAGGUGCACGCCGUGGGAUUGUACGGCGACCAUGGAGCCGGGGUCGGUGAGCGAGACGGGGUGCUGCACAAAAUGGACAUUAUAUCGGGAACCCUCGGCAAGGCGUUUGGCAACAUUGGCGGUUACAUAGCCGGGUCCGAAAAGCUGGUCGACAUGAUCCGAUCGUAUGCGGCUGGCUUUAUCUUCACCACCUCGCUGCCGCCCACUGUGCUCUGUGGGGCCCUGGAGGCUGUCAACAUCCUGGCAUCGGAGGAGGGUCGGCAGCUCCGCCACAUGCACCAGCGGAACGUGUCCUACCUGAAAAACUUGCUAAAACGAGAAGGUUUCCCCGUCGAAGAAACGCCCAGCCACAUCAUCCCCAUCAAGAUCGGAGACCCUCUGAAAAGCAGUCAAAUCUCAAACGUGUUAAUUGAACAAUUCGGACACUACCUGCAGUCGAUUAAUUACCCAACAGUAGCCCGCGGACAGGAGAAACUUCGACUAGCCCCCACUCCAUUCCACACUUUCGAAAUGAUGAACGCCCUGGUUACCGAUCUGAAGAAAGUGUGGGAAAUGGUGGACCUCUCGACAAACGUCCCGCUUUCGCCCAACGGAUGCAUGUUCUGCAACUCGGAGAGCUGCUGGCACCAGGACGCAUCCCCCGACCUGGAAUGUGGAAUCCCCAACUGCCCCCGCCUGGAAAUCUCGGUGGCCGCAUAGUUUCAUCUCAUGGACAACGCGUCUAACUGAAGCAUUCGAAAUAUUAGCUAUGCCUAAAAUUAUCUUUGUGGUUUUGGACAAAUAAACAAUGGUUUUGGUGCAAUAUA